AUGCGCCGCUCGCUCGACGUCAUGUCCGUGCUCUCCAGCGACGACCUCUCCGACUACGAUGUCAUCUCCGACGGCCACCAGUCCCUCGAGUCCAGCAUCGCCGACCUCGGUCACGUGGCCGGCGGCGCAGCCACCCUCCGCGAGCCCGCGCCCCUCCCGGCUGCCCAGGAGCGGUUCGACACCAUCGCGCUGACCGCAGACGACAUCCAGGACUACGUCCAGAAGGCUGUCCCCGCUGCCGCGCCUGCGUUCAAGCGCGGUUCGGACGGCGAGCUACGCACCGUGCGGGUGUAUGUAGACGGUGUGUUCGACCCGUUCCAAGCUAGAGAUGCCCUGCAGCUGCGCCAGGCCAAGCUUUCCUUCCCGAGCGUACACCUGAUGGUCGGCGUGUUGGCAGACGACCUCUGUGAGGCGCAUCACACUCCCAUCAUAUGGCCGCAUGUGGACAGGUGCGAGGUGCUGCGACACUGUCGGUGGGUGGACGAGAUCGUGCCGGAGGCACCGUGGACCCUAGAUGAACAGUUCCUGCGGGCGAAGAGGGUUGACUACGUCGCUGUUGACGAGGGCUCGUCUGUGAGUCCUGCAUGCGACAAGGAGCGGUUAAAGGGUUAUGACCUCGUGAAGAGCCUCCGGAAAUCCAUUCCUACUCGACGGACGAACACGAUGACUCCAGUGGAACCCAGAGGCCUAUCUGUAUUCACCGAGUCCACGAAGGGCACUAUGCGGGGCCCGGCCGACCUUGCGGCGGCGCUUCAGCAGAAAUUGUCAGUCGAUGACGACACCGACACCAAUCCGUUCGAGGAACCGAAACAGGAUAUAUUCGGUAUCGGCUAUGGUGUUUAG